CACACACAUAUGUAUUUCGCACAACUAAAGCGAACAGCAACAAAUAAACACACGCCACUGCCACUAGCAGAAGCAGCCGUGCAUAAUAAUAAUAAUAUUGAACAAACUAUGUGUUAAGCUGGUGUGCGUAGUGCAAAUAUUAAUUGAUUUGUGGCGCGUGCAGAGCGAAAAAUGCCUCAGCUGAGUGAAGCAGUACCCGAAGCAGCAUCAAAAUGUAGCAACAAUGACAAAGAGACUGCGGCGGCGGCGGCAACGUCGCCUGCAACCUUGCCACAGACAGCGGAGCGCACACAUGCACACACACAUUCGCACUCACACUCAAAUGCGUCGUCUGCCGCGCCAAAGGAGAAUCUACAGCGCGGCUUAAGCACCAAGGUGGCACUAUCGCGUCUCCAUGAAGAGAUUGAAAAGGUGCUGCUGGAGCAUGAGAAGGAAGAACGUGCGGAGAGCUGCUAUUGCAAAUUGCGUGCCGCAUUUGUGAAUCAAUAUAAUAGCCCCUUGGGCUGGCUUUCUAUUGGCGCCACCUUGGUCACAAGUGGCGCUCUGCUCAUCACCGGCAUGUGCUGGCCAGCCAUCUGCCUGCUGGCCAUACUCCUCCUCGACUUGUGCGUCGUUAUACGAGAGAGCAAUUUGAGGCGCACAGAAAUCUUCCGCAAGACGCGACACGCGUUGAAUGAAUUGCGUUUGGCGGAGCAGCAUUUGAGUGACAAGUGGCAGGCGACAAAUUAUCCGCACUUGAGUAAUCCCAUGUCGCCAUGCGUCUCGCUGCAAUGGACCUAUCGUGAUGGUCAUAUUGUCAAUUUGCCCUGGGCACUGUUGGUGCGUGGAGAUUGUAUUGUGCUGCGUCCGGGUCACAUAUCGCCCGGACCGUGUCAUGAACUGAAGUCACAGCGGCAUUUUAGUGCUAGCGAAAUUUAUGGCGGCACCGCGGCACAGCUGGGUGAUCCCCCAGUUAAGCCCAUAGCACGUGCUCCCAUUCCAGAUCUGGUGUGUUGCUUGGAGACGACGCCGUAUUUGGAUAACUUGCGUUUGUGUCUGCGAAACUCGUUGAAUCGCCCACCGACUAUCUACAAUCAACAGCGCUAUUUGCUGGUCACAAAGUACAUACAACAAUGGGGCUUCAUCACUGCCUUGAUCAUCACGCUUUUUGCAGGCCUGCUGCGCCUGCAUGGCUAUGGCUUGGCCUCGGAUGAGAAGCACAAUUGGCGUCAUGUGCUCAUAGCUUCGCCAGCGGCUGCAGUCAUUCCACUGCUGCCACUCAUCUUUCCACUGUUGUGGAUUUCCAUGAAUCUUUGGGGUGUUGCACGACUGCAGUGCUUCCUCAAGACACCCCAGGCCAUACUCGAAAAGGCCACCAGCAAAUCAUUUGAGGAUUUGGAUCUGGAUACGCCUGCCUAUGAUUACGAUAGCAUUUCGUUGAUGCGCUCCAAUGUGCUGCGCAUUUGGACACAGCUCUGGCAGGGCGACAGCGAAUUGCUGCCACGUUCAGCUAAUCUGGUCCAAGUUCUCGGUUCCAUUUCAGCGCUUUGUUGUGUGGACAAAAAGGGUAUUUUAUCGUGGCCAAAUCCCACUGCCGAAAAGGUGUUCUUUUUACACAACACAGAGGAAGAGCCGCAAGACGAUGGCAGCCAGAUGUCCAUGUCAACGGAAAGCGACAACGUGGACGACGAAGAGAACAAGGAACGAGGGAUUGUAGCCGAGGUGCUGGAUCUGACACACGAUCAGCAUUGUCCGUUUCGGCUGGAGUUUGACGAUCACGAGUGGAAAGCACAUAUUAAAUCACUGAAGCCGUUGGGUCUAGCAAUUUUAUUAAACACCUGUUCGCCGCUUACGCAUGAGCAUUAUGCCCAGUUUUGUGGGCAUGUCAGCGCCGUGGCCAUGCUCGAUAAAGAUCUGGUGCCCGUGACAAAUCGGUAUGCGAUGUUUGAAUCCAGUAUGAAAAGCCUAUUGCAUGGACGAUGUCUGUGCGAGCUUGCCAAGCAGAUUGGCUUCACCAACCAUGCCACCGAUCGCUUUGCGUUGGAGGGACAGCUAGCCAGCUAUAGGCAUCUGCAACCGGAUGUGGUGCGUCGGGACAUUCGCUUUGCGCGACAGCUGCAGUUAUCGACCAAGGUGAAGGUGCCGUUUCCGCACUCUUUGUCGGUGGUAAUGCGAGAGAAUCCCGGUGGCUAUCUGUCGCUCUUCACCCAGGGCACAGCGGACAUUAUACUGGACUGUUGCGAUGACUUCUGGGAUGGCAAGGAUUUGCGGCCGCUGUCGCCGCAGGAUCGCAAGCGUGCACUGGACUUUUAUCAGCGCAGUGCGUUGACUUCUUACUGCACAGCAUUCGCCUAUCGCCCGCUACGUCAUGGGAUCCAUGGAGCGCUGAGUGGACCACUGCAUAGCAAUGGUCAGAUUGCGUACUUGGAGUUACCGCCAGAGUCCAAGUUGCGUAUGCAGCACGUGGAUAAGUCGCAUUGCGAUUUCGAGGGUGGACAUCAUGUGAAGUUGAGUCACAGCAUCAGCACCGAUUCGUUGCUGUUCUCGGAGAGCAAGGAUGAGGACUGCAACGAUGUGGAGGGCUGCUUCGAGAUGCAGUGUCAUCAGGUGUUCAUUGGCAUGGUGACGAUGCAGUAUCAGGCCCAAAAUGACAUCGUGCAUCUGGUGGAGCGUCUGGAACGCGCCUGCAUUCGUUUCGUGCACUUCAGCAAGGAGAACGAGUUGCGCUCGCGUGUCUUUUCCGAGAAAAUGGGACUCGAGUCGGGUUGGAAUUGUCACAUCUCGUUGCUUAGCGAACCGGAGCCAGAAAAGGAGCGUGAACGCGAAAAGGCGAUCAUUAGCAAGACCAAGGAGACGGAGAACGCGACGAUGGGCAACUGCAAGUCGGGUAAACUAAAUGAGCACAAUACAACCAAAACCACAAUUACCACCAGCACCAUCACAGAUACUGUUGCCAUUCAUCCACCAUCAAGUGCCCAAGACUUUCACAUUGAAGCUGCCACAACAUCGACGCCCAUUGAUUCUAACACUGAUAUUGUAGGUGAUCCCGUCGAUGGCCCCAAGCUGAGCUACUUGCUCAGUCCGCCCAACAAUUUGGAGUCGUCGAAAACGCUGAGUUGCUCAGCACCCGGUGCCAUAUCGAAUCCCGAUGAAUGCAAUCCCCCCACGAAUGACCAAGCAGAUGACGACGAUGAGCUGGAUGACAGCAAAGAAUACAGCAUGGAGAAUGUCGCAUUACAGCUAGAUGCCGAGCCUGAUCCAGAGAGACAUAAGCAGCGACAUUCCCUAGACUCGGCCAUGGACGAGAAUUGUCGUUCGCUCAGCACGCUCACCGAAAGCACAGAUCAGAGUGCGCCCAUCAAUUUUGACAUGUCGAAUCGUGCCAAGUUGCCGCGUGGCAUUGAGAACAUUCGGCCGCAUUUGGAACAGGUGGACAAUGUACCGCUGCAGGUGUCGCUUUUCACCGACUGCUCGGCGCAGGCCACACGCCAAAUGCUCGACAUUAUGCAAUCGUAUGGCGAGAUUGUCGUCUGCUUGGGCAGCUCGGCGAGCAACGAUAAUGCCAACAUCUUUCUGCAGGCCGAUUGCAGUAUUGCUGUCGAGCCACUGUAUCCGCAGGUGUGUCAGGAUGUCGAUGCCUACACGGAGGCCAACAUCCUGCACAACAAGCUCAACUGGCAGCGUCAACAGCAACAGCGUGGCAAAUCCAACACCGCCGAUGAAGCGUUUGCGAACGAACAGCUGCUGGAGUCUGGCACAAAUGGCAGCGGUGCUCGUGCCAUGCAAUCGCCAGCGCACACCGUCUCACCGAUUUAUUUGAGCCGUCUGCUCAAUUCGCUGCCCUGCUCCAUAGCCAUUUGUCGCGACGACCCACUUUCGCUGGUGGCCAUAAUUGAGCUGUCACGCCGCUUCUCGCUGGGUCUGUGGAACUGUAUACAGUUCUGGGCGUGCUGUGCCGGCUCCAUAUCCAUAUUGAAUGUGCUGUGCGCGUGCCUCUCACUGCCGCCGUUGAUCACACCGCUGCUGGCUAUUUAUUUGAUGUGUGUGCCCGUGCCGUUAAUUGGCAUCUCGCUGGCGCACAUCGAUCUCGAUCCAAAGAUCAUGAGUCGUGCCACCAGCAAGAAGCAAACCGAAUACGAUUCGCGUGCCUUUGCUUUUGUCAUGUGGUGUUAUGGCUGCAAGUUUCUCAUACCCGUCAUUGCCACACUCAUUGCAUACUGGAUGUGCAUGACGACAACGGUAACCAGUGAUGAUGUGGAGGAUGAGGAUUCUGAGAAUAUCUCGGAUCUCGAAAAUGAAAAUUCUAUGAAUUUCUACCAGUGUCUGCACAUUGCACGCUGUUGUGCUCUCCUUGCGGUGCUGCUGCAUUUUGUUCUCGUCUCCAUUACGUUUGUGCAUCGUGAUCAUGCGCUCUGGCAGCGCAAUCCUUUGAGCAAUCACAUUUGGGCGCUCACCUGCCUGGCUUUAUUGCUGCUCCAUGGCUUCAUUUGUGGGCUGCAAAUGCUACUGGAUGAGUCGCUGGAGGAGCUGCUGCCACAACUCUGGCUGCCGUUGUUGGUGCUAUUUGUCAGCAGCUUGCUGAGCCUUUUGGUCAGCGAACUAGCCAAGUUUCAGGAGAACAAAGUUAAUGCGCGGUAUCAGCGUCGAGCGCGUCUUGAUUUUGGCACCAAGUUGGGCAUGAAUUCGCCAUUCUAGAGGCACCAACAUGAAAGACGCCAGCGUUAAGUGCCAAGGCUGUAUAUAUCUAUAUAUAUAUAUUCGUAAAAAUAUCACGCUUCUUUUUAUUACCCUCACAAAUGCUCGUUAUGGGCACAAGAUCUAUUAAUUUUACAAGUAUUUUUAUUGUUUUAUGUUUGUGAAUAUUUAAUUAAUCCUCUAUUAUGAUUUUACUACAACAUUUUGCAACAUUUUCAUUAAUCUGUAACACUUCACAAAACAACAACUGGAAAGAGAAAAGAGAAACCAAAUCUGUUUAGUUAGUUUGUAAAACGUUUGAGAAUUUGUGUUCCUUGUUUCAAUGACAGAACUUUUGUGUACUAACAAUUAAAAGACUUGCAAUUAUUAUAUGAAAUACACAUAUUUCACAUGAAUAAAACAAAACAGAACAGACAAUAAACUAUUGUGCUUGUAA